AUGGGAGCUCUUAAACAUUGUGUUCGGAAGUUGCAGGUGCAAACAGAACCCGGGCUAUCAAUAGCUCAGCUGAUGUUGACGAAUGAUGACCUUCGACCCGUUGAGCCUGAACGUCGACAGUGGAGAUGGCUCAAUUUUGUGGCAUUUUGGAUUGCAGACUCGUUGAACGUGAAUACUUGGAUGAUUUCCUCUUCGAUGAUCGUUGAUGGCCUUUCUUGGUGGCAAUCCUGGCUUUGUGUUUGGAUUGGCUAUUCGAUUGCCGCCAUCUUCGUAUGCUUACUAGGCCGGAUUGGCGCUAUCUAUCGAAUUCCAUUUGCUGUCACCAACAGGGCCUCAUUUGGGAUAUGGGGCUCAUUUUGGCCUAUUCUGAAUCGAGCAGCCAUGGCAGUCAUAUGGUAUGGUGUACAGGUAAGAGUUGACAUUUCCCUCUUGUUAGAUCUCAGGUUAACCCUUGAUAGACUUAUCUUGGAGGCGAAUGUUAUGCCUGCUGGUGCUGGUGUGACGACACAACAAUUUGUGAGCUUUUUUCUUUUCUGGCUUGGCUCACUUCCAGCCCUCUGGUUUCCAAUUUAUAAGAUCAGACACCUCUUCACCGUCAAGGCGUAUUUCUCACCGGCAUGUGCCAUUGCCUUCUUUGGUUGGUCUGUUGCCCGGGCUCAUGGACUAGGCCCUAUCAUGACUCAGUCCAACACUGUACAUGGUAGUGCUCUGGCAUGGGUCUUUGUCAAGAGCAUCAUGAAUUGCAUUGCCAACUUUGCAGCUUUGGUGAUCAACAAUCCCGACUUUGCGAGAUAUGCUCGCCAGCCAAAAGAUGCCCUAUUGCCACAGUUGAUCACAAUUCCAGUGGGAUUUGCGAUCACUUCUUUCGUCGGAAUUGUCGUCUCUUCUUCGUCUAGCGUUAUCUUCAAUCAGUCAGUCUGGAAUCCCUUGACGCUCCUAGGGAUGUUUUUAGAGGAUGCGAGCUCGGCAGAGAGAUUCGGUAUCUUUGUUAUUGCAAGUGGAUUUGCUCUAGCACAGCUUGGAACCAACAUCGCUGCAAACUCCGUUUCUGCAGGAACUAAUUUGACAGCUCUUCUACCACGCUUCUGCACCAUCAGGCGCGGUGGCUACUUCUGUGCCGCAGUUGGACUUGCCAUGUGUCCGUGGACACUCGUAGCCUCCUCAAGCAAAUUCACAAUCUAUUUGUCUGCAUACUCAGUCUUCCUAUCCGCGAUUGCGGGUGUGAUGGCCAGUGAUUACUAUCUUGUACGAAAAGGUUAUCUGGACAUUCAGGAAUUAUACAGUGCCCGAAAAUAUGGACCCUACUACGGAACAUUUGGGGUCUCGUGGCACGGCUAUGCGGCAUACUUGUGCGGAAUUCUUGUCAACAUUGUUGGGUUUGCCGGUGCUAUUGGAGUCAAAGUUCCAAUUGGCGCGGUCUAUAUCUACGAUAUAAACUAUUUCUCCGGAUUUAUUGUGUCAGGCGCCAUAUACUGGGCUUUGGCUACUUUGGUCCCUAUCCCUGCAACAAGUCAGACCUGGAACGAAAUCCCAUACGAGGUGAACCCUGAGCCAGACGUGGGGAAAAAAGUGGAGGAUGUCUAG